AUGUCAAGCAGCGAUAAACCCAGCGUGGUGUAUGGCCUAGGCCUGUCCGAGGUGGAGAAGGCCGCAGGGCACAGCCUGGAGGAGGGCAAGAAGCUGCGCGAGCAGGACCCCAACAUCACCCAGAUCAAGGGACCCGAUGAAGAGACUAUCACGCCUGGCAAUUGGCCCAAGACUGGUACGCCCACCACCGCACGACCCACACAGAAGCGUGUCUGA